GAGAGAGGGAUGGCUCUGUUGUAGUUAAAAGAUACUUUUUGUUCACUUUCCCACGCAGUUAGUACAACCUACUGUCAUGGCAGCCUUUGGGAGACGCCUCUCAGUCGUUUGGGCAACGACUCAACCAAGUUUUAACAUUUGUCCAUCCACGUUUUGUGGCUACUAGGGCAUUGGUCUGUCUUGGCAUGAUCAGAUAAAGAUUAGUUAGCAUGCUAGCGAGCUAGCCACCCAGCCUCAGCAUCACACAGCGACCACGCCUGCCAGCGACAGUGUGGCUGUAGGUUCCUAGGCAGACAUGGGGAAACUACAGAGCAAGUUUCGCAAGAGGUCUGAGCUCUACAGGACAUCUCAAGGGGAGAAGGCAGACAAUACCUUUGACAGUCAGGUGGUGCAGUAUGAACCUGCCCAUCAAGGAUCCAUCAGCACUGUCACAAUUCUCAGCCCAGAUCUGUGUGUUUCUGGUGGGAGUGAUCAGGCUGUGGUGGUGUAUGACUGGAAACAAGGCCGGAUGUGUCAGUCUUUCCAGGGUCACAACCGAGAGGUUACCAAGGUGGUGUGUUAUCCAGGCAGUACAUGGAUCUUUAGUGCCUCGCGGGACAAGACUGUUCUGAUGUGGGACCUAAAUCAGGGGGAUGAACCUAUCCAGGAAUUUUGUGGGCAUGAAUUGGUGGUCAAUGGACUAGCUAUCAGCCCUGAUGGGAGAAAGCUGUGCACUGGUUCUCGUGACAACUGGAUGUGCCUGUGGGAUAUAGAAUCUGCAAAAUGUGAACAGAGACACAACAUCUCUAGAAAUCUGGUGACUCAUGUGUGUUGGGUGCCAGGCAGCUCCUCUAUAGUCCAGACGUCUGAGGAUAAGACGAUAAGGGUGUGGGAUAGCCGUGCAUGGCAGGUGACCAAUACUUUCCCUGCCAAGCAAUACAUCCAGACCCACUGUGAUGUCUCUCCAAAUGGAAACUAUUUGGUGUCCAGCAGCAAUGGCUUUGGAGGGCAGGGCUGUGAAGCCACGCUCUGGGACCUGCGUCAGCCUGGCUGUAAGGUUGUGGAAUACAGAGGCCAUCUCCAAACCACAGCCUGCUGUGUGUUUCUACCUACGCCUCCUGGUGGCACAGCUCAGGUAGCAACAUCCUCCCAUGACAGCUCCAUCAAAAUCUGGGAUCAGAACACAGCAGUUUGUUUAGGGACAUUGUCUCUGGAUGGUGCUGGUCCACUGGUUUCUCUGGCUCCAAGUGACUCCACCAGCCUGCUGUGCGCCAGCUUCAGCAAUGGCCUCAACCAUAUCCAGGUGGGCCGGGGAUCAAACCAGGCUCAGGGUUCUGGGGCAGGUUCAGGUGGGGCAGGUGGCCUGGAUAUUAAACUUGUGGCACGUUUCUGACAGUUCUGAAGAGCCUGGUGCGAUGCUUAAACAUGACCCAUGAACAGUCAGUGACUCAGUGAGCACUAUCUCUGGAUGUGAUUCUGGAUUAUGUCAGUCUCUUUUUGUUCUUUUUUUUUUUUUUUUGUACAAUUUUACAUAUUUCUGUAGACAUUUUUGCUUUACUAGACUGCCAUACAGUGAAAAAUGACAGAAGAAGACAGGGAGGAAAUGAGGGGAUGACAGUGAUGUGACACUUUUUGUCCAACAGCGCCAUCUGGAUGUGCAUCAUAUUUGUUUUGCUGGGAGUCUAUGAACACCAAAAUCAUUAUGCUUGGAUUGUUGCCCCCUCUUGGACCAAGCCAGAUACAACUAGGAUCUACUCAGUUUAUACACGGCUUCAGCUUGGUAGAGAUGACGAGAUACUUCAUUCACAUGUUGUAUUGCUUUUAUUGGUGGUGCUGAACUCGGGUUUAGGGGGCAUCUGAAUGCGGCAUGAGUAAUGUUGAAAAUUUGGAAGCACUCAGGAACUUCUCCUGAGUCUUGUCUUCUGAGAAAUGGAAGCCAAAUGUCACACUAAGAGAAUGGAAUUUGUUUUUUUUCCUGGGUGAUGUUUAGUAGGUGCAGUCAGAUUUGCAGUCUUGGUCUUAUUUGUCUAACACUUUGUGGAAAGUUGUUUUUAUCACCAAACCAGAGUAAUGAGGAACACGUGUGUGUUGAUAAUAAUAUAACUGUUGAUUAGUUUGUACUCUAGCUUUAAUUUGUUAAAUGUUAGACCAAAUGAGUAAGUAUGAUACAGGACUGUUUAAGCAGGCUUUGUUUUGAGGUACAUUUCAAUCAAUAAUAGUUUUUAAGAUACAGAUUCCAUUAUUUUUAAAGUGAAGCUGCUGAUGGCUGAUGUGCCGAUAUCCAAUAUAUUUAAAUUUGAAAACUACUAUGCAAAAUACCAGAGUAAUUCCCUUUUUGAUAAAAACAAAUUAAAAUUUAAAUAUUAUUGAAAAUAUACAAUAAAGCUGCUCAACCUGUAAACAUAAAACCAUCUACCAGUUAGGUACUAAAGAUAUUGUUUUACAAGGUUUUAGAAUGUUUUUUUUUUUUUUUUAAAUAAUAUGGUGUGGCUACCAUGCUAUUAACAACAGGUAUUGACUUUGUGAGAAUUAGCAAUCCACACCUGCUGUGUUAGCUAGCAAAUGCUAAUGUUAAUAUUAGCAGCCUUAUGUGAAUGAAUUACAAAACAUUACAGUCCUAUUUGAACUGAUUAUUGUCAGGACAUGAGUGAAAACGCUCUUGUACCUUAAGUGAGACUUUAAUAAAAUAUACUUUAGUAAUAAUACUAUAAUACUGAUUAUCAGUUUCAGCUACUUUGCUUUUUGUUGUAGAUAUCCAUGUGACAUGUGGCUAUAUCAACAAAUUCCAUGUUGGAGAAUCAUCUGGAACAAAAUGGACAGGUCAGGAGAUGGCUCAAAAUAACCAGUGUAAUUUACUCGGGUGAUUCCACUUGCACUCAUUGGGUGUUAAUCUGAAGGUAUCAUUUGGUUUAGUGCCAACUGAACAUUGGCAUUUUCCAGGCAGACAAGAUACAGCAACAAGAGCUCACAGGUUACAGUGAAAAUUUAAGAUCUGCAAUAAGAAAAUUCAGUUAACUGUGAUGUGUGGUUUUGUCAUAUGGUGCUAUGGAGUCCACAUUCAAUGAUUCAUUAUUUUUCUUUAGGGAAUAUGAUGAAAAGGUAACCAAAGAUGAUCAGACAUUUGAUUUUGUGAGAAUUUACUGUUUGAAUCAUUUGUCACUAAACAUCACUAGUUAGUUAGAUUGUCUCUGUUUGAUACAGUAUGAUUAAGCAAUAAAUAAGGCAUUUUAUAAUAUCUGAGGGAUGAAUCUUAGUUGUAGCUCUUCAUGUCAGCUGAAAUUUUGAACCUGGCUAUGUCUUUAUAUUCAAUAUUCCACUUACAUAUUAGUCAUUGAAUAUGAACAUUUUCAGCAGUAUAUAGAGUACAUUGUGCCUAAAGUGAGAAAGGUAUUUUAAAAGAAAAAAAGAAAAUGUUGCCCUUGUUCCCAGUAACAAAAUAGAUAAUGUCUAACUGUGACAUGUUGCUCAUGUUUCAAUUACAAUUUACACCACAAAGCUGCUGCAUACAAGUAAAAUUUUCUAUUAGCAGCCACAGGCCAGUUUUCACUGGACCAGAUUGGGUUUAAUUGUUUUGCUCAAGGGCACCAUGACAAUGUUUUAAAGCAUGGAUUUCCCCUGCCCAGGGUUUUUCCCAGCCAUUUCUAAUCGUUAAUUCACUGUAACAAGAAAGUUGUUUCCUGCUUUGAUGGCAAUAACAGAACUUUGGAUUGUUGUGCUUUUCAACAGACUUCCUUACAUUUAGAGGACAAGCUAAUUUGAUCAAGAGUGUAUAUUUAUGCAUACACCUUUUCAGGGUAUUUUCUAAUUCAUAUGCAUGCAGGAAAGACUGGUGCCAAAACUGAUACUUACCUAAUUUAUAUUAUAUUAAAAAUGAGAACUAAUUUCUUUUUGGCUUUUGAAGAUAAAGGCAUUAUUUUUUAUUUGGGGGAUCUUCUCUUUGUCAAGUAAACUGUAAAAAAUAAGUAUUUAUUAUAAAAUUAGGAUCAGAUUUUAAAGAGCACCAAAGAUUUAUCAGUUCCAUAUCGUGCCAGAUAGUUUUUCCUUGGGAAAAAAAUACCAAAAACUAUAAAAUAAAAACCUAAGGGACAUUUCAUCUCAUAGCAGACAUAUUUGUUUCAGUGGACUACUCCACUGAAGUGGACUGUGCUUUACUUAUCAGGCUGUCACAUAUUUGACACAUUUUUCAAAAAUCCUGAAAUAAUUCUGAUUACUACUAUUUAAAAAGCACACAUAGACACUUUGCAGGGAAAUCACAUCUGCAUGAAAUUAUUAAUGAAUCACAAAGCGGAAGACUUUCAGUCAUAUUGUGGUGUUUAAUUUACUCAAAUCUGGACCUCAUUUUCACUCUGACACAAAAAAAAGAACCACUUACCCAUCAACAGGUUUUCAUAAAGACUCACACGCAAAGUAGACAUCAGCAGGCAGAACAGUUUGGCGGUUGCCACAUCACUGAAGUACAGAAAUAAUCAAAUAAUUUAAAAAAAAAAAAAGGCCUAAAAAUGUUAACUGAAAAAAAAAAAUCAAUCCACAUCUACUCAAAAUAAAAUGUACAAAUAAUUGCCUUAAAUUAAUGAAAAAUAUACAUUAUUGGCACAGCAUGUUAUAAAAAGCAGGCUACGCGGAUUAAUAGGAAUAAGUAGGAUACAGUACAUUAAAUUAAAGGAAUUACAAGUCAUUCAGAAGAUAAUUUUUAUCAGAGAGAAUAAAUAUAAUCUGAAUGUAGCAUUCAAUCCAGUUCUGAGAGAAGCCAAAAGAAUGAUCUACUGGCACCUUUCAGCAUCUGAGUGAUUACAACAAGUGGUACAUGAGUAGGUUUACAGCUAGCGGCGUCUUUAAGUAUACAGUGUCUCUUUCAUGAUAUUUGAAAGGAAGGUCAAAGCCUCCCUCUUGGAGCGUUUUCAAGCUGUUUUUGUCUCAGAAACAUUUGACAGACAUUUUUGUUGUGCUAGAAAUUACUUAAUAAAAGUCUGUGAGAGAAGUUGUGUGCGA